ACGCGGCAGGCUGUGACGUCAGCAGUCCUUUGAAGUGGAUUCCUGUAACGGCAGACCUGCUCAGUGGUAAAACCGUUUGAAGGUUUGCUGGUUGGCUGCAGUGUUGGUUUUAUUGGAGAAUUCAACAAUAAUAUUUUCUGUUUUAAAAGGAUUUUUUUGUGUUUAGAUUAAGCAACAUGGUUUCCUUUCUUCGCUGUCUUUCUCUGGGGCUUAAUUUGUAUAAUUCAACGCAAAGCACCGUGACCUCCAGCGCUGCGGUCCGUUCUAUCUACAACCAAGUGUCUCUGCAGAACCCUGGCAGAAACCCUGAAGGAGAAAACACAUCGCCUCUGACACAAACUGAAUUUAAAGCUUUCCAGCUGGAUUUACCUGCAGCUAAACCAGAGAUGAUUAUAAAGAACCUCAGAGACAUGAAGCCUCCUCAGACGGCUGCAGGCUCAUUUUUAGAUACGACCAGCAUUGCUUCAAAUGCAGAGACACAGAAGCACGGAGCUACUAUCUCUGCUAAAACCUACCAAGAAACAUCCCGUGAGAAUAAUGAGAGAAUCGAUGCAGAAGCAACAAGUUUCCCUGGAGAACACCACGGAUCAACUGGGAUCCAAACAGAACCUACAGGUGUUCAGAUAGUUAGAAAUAUAAAUGUUAAACCAGGAGAUGAAUACGGUUGUGAAGAAGCCAAACCUGAAGCAGAUGCUGUGGGAUGACGGUGUUGAAAGCUGAUCUGAAGUCCAGGAACAGCAUCCACAUGGCUCAGGUGAAGAUCAGAGGAGAUGGCGUCCUCAGUGGAGCGGUUCCGUCUGUAGGCGAACUGGAAUGGGUCCAAAGUUGGGAGGAUACUGGAGACGAUUUGUUUUUUAACCAGCCUUUCAAAACAUUUAAUCAUGAUGGGAGUCAGUGCGACAGAUCGGUAGUCAUUAAAUGAGGUGACCUGAGGCUUUUAAUGGACCGGAACGAUGGUGGAACACUUGAAGUAUGCUGGCACUACGGGUCGGUCGAGUGAGGUGUUGAAAAUGUCUGUAAGGACUCCAGCCAGCUGACCUGCACACUCCUUGUAAGAGUAUUGAUCUUUUCCAACAUGCAAAACAAUGUCAAUGUUCUUUCAUACAAUUUAAGAUGUCUCAUUUUUCUGAAUCCAUAAGGUAUUGAAAACUGUCAGGAUGGUAGAAUACUUUCACUCAAUAUAAAAAAAAAGUGUUUCUGAACCUUUCCUUUUUUGCAUUACUUUGAGACAAUUCUUUCAUGGAAUAAAGAACCGGUUUCAGAACAGUGCUAACAACAGUAUACUGCUCUGAAACCAACAAUCAGCGACAGAAUGAACGGAGUUAUACCAAACACAACUGUAAGAGCCACAACAACCAUCAUUUCUUUUUGACUGUUUAGAGGUGUGUCCUUUUCAUCCGUGUUCGCUUCAUCGUCUUUGUUUCGAUGAUUGUUCCCUGCAGAAAAGAACAGGGUUUUAGUCUGGCCUUUCAGGUAGAAGAUGAAUUUAGACCAGCUAUUCUACAGAGAAUCAUAAACAACAUCUUUAGGAUCCAACAACAGCUGAUCAAACAUAUUUCUCUCUGACACCAAGAACUAUCAAACUGCUGGAGGUUCAGAUUAAGAGCCAAACAGACUCACCUGGAGAAGGAGGAAGAACAUCCAGGUAGAUCUUGCUAAUUGGUUGGAUGUCCCUCUUCUUGCAGUUCGGUUUUCCAACAACAUAACACUCAUAUAAUCCUCUAUCCUCAGCCUUCAGGUUCUUCAAGAUCAGAGACACAUCUCCAUUCUGUAGGUCCUUCAGCUUUACUCGACUCUUGUACCUUUGCUGUGGGAUCUCGACACUUGAAUCAUAAUCUCUAAAAACAAGUAAAUACUGUGUGAUUGGACCAGCUUUGCUCCAUUCCACAAGUUCAAAGGGUAGGCAUUGUUGCGUUGAACAUCUCCCGGAUUUUGAUGGAGAACAGAAUAAAGCAAGGUGCUCCAAUCAGUACAUACAUUUUGGCUGCUCAUAGCCCACAGGAUUAAAUUAAAAGAAAUGUACAUUAUAAAAUCUCUUGACAAAACAUUUGAACGGUCAUAACUCUAUAACGGAAUUUUUGGACAUGUCUGGUUUAAAAAUGAAUUUGAAUGAAUCAUUUAUGUUGACAAUUAAAAAAAUGUAAUGAUUUCCAAAUGCUGAUAGUGAUAUAGAAUGAUAAACAAACUAAGGGUUGAAAUUUUAACUUUAUUAAUAUAAUUUAACAAGUCACAACACAAUCUAAUGCAUUUUGGUGUAUGAUCUCUGAGUUUAUGGUUGAGUUAUAGUAUCCCAUACCCAGUGUUGUGCCUGAACGCGUUCAUUGAACGAAAGUUCAUGAACUCGUUCAUAUUUUGGGCGAACGUGAACUGAACGUACUGCAUUAUUGCCUGAUGAACGUUAUUGUGA